AUGGACUUUGCGCAUAGCUUUGCUACAUUGCUGGACGAAGAACCUUCUUGUCAUAGAGCUGCUAGGUUGCAGAAUCUAAGCAGACUCUAUUGGAACGCUCUCGAUUCAAGCGAUGUCUCUCGGCCGACAGCAAAGUCUUUAGAUGCUUUCGUGAAGCUCCUCUUGGAUCCACGGGAUUUUGACCUCAUCAAGCUUGUGAUACCUGAGCUCCGUGAACACGGCCAACCAAUGAAAGGCAACUCCCCUAAGAUAGAGAUUCUCAAACGAGUGGACCAUAGACGUCUUGCCGGCGUCGAACAAGAGCUGAGGCGACUAGGGUUCGACGAUCAUCCCCUUUACCGCGAUGAGAAGGAAGUCUUUGCGGAAUCCGAGAUGUACCGCGUCAGCCUCUUGUUACAUGGGCGAGCCAACUUGUCGACGGAGGAAAAAGAGGCGCUGGAAGUAUGGUGGAACGUGCGUCCUCAAACAUCCUGGAGCCAGCUAAGUAAUACACGACUGUCAGCUCGUGUCUCGACACAAGGAAGCGCCGGAGAUGCAGGAACGGCCACAGCCAACGAGUGA